CGUCGCUGCCUCCGUCCCAUCCCAGGGCCAGGAGUCACGGCUCUCUGGACUCGAGCUCUCCCCUCCUCCCGUUCAUGGCCGCCGCCAUGGGCACCAGCAUCGACGACGACCAGCAGCUGCAGGAGGCGCCGCCUAAGCCUCCCCCUCCUGGCGCGAAGGCGGAUCCCCCGGCGACGGUGGCCACCCACACGCGCACCAUCGGCAUCAUCCACCCUCCGCCCGACAUCCGCGUCAUCAUCGAAAAGGCCGCUACCUUCGUCGUCAAGAACGGGCCCGAGUUCGAGCGCCGCAUCAUCUCCCACAACCAUGGCAACGCCAAAUUCAACUUCCUCCAGCCCUCGGAUCCCUACCACGCCUACUACCAGCACCGCGUUUUCGAGAUAGGCGCUGCGCCGCCCGGCGCGGACGCCCCCUCGGGCGCCGAGACUGACGGGGAUCCCGCCGAAGCGCCAGCGUCGGCCCCGGCCGAUGGCGGCGCCGCCCUCGCACCUGCAGAUGGCGCCGCUGAGGGUAGGUUUAUAAAGAGAGGAGAAAAGCCCAAAUACGUACCAGGCUCACCUGCUCAAGGAACAGCAUGUCGGUUAAGUCCAAAAAAAUCCGGCCCAGAUAUACAUGUCGGUAUCGCACGAACCGACUCGAACCAAAUCCGGGGUCUCUGGAGUCUGGACUCGAGCUCUCCCCUCCUCCCGUUCCGAUCUAAACCUGCCGAAACCCUAACUCCCAUGGCUGCCGCCAUGGGCACCACCAUCCUGACCCUCCCCGCACCGGAGGGCAACGGCACUGGCGGCGGCGGCGGCGACGACCUGCAGCUGCAGGUGGCGUCGCCUAAGCCUCCCCCUCCCGGCGCGAAGGCGGAUCCCCCGGCGACGGUGGCCACUCACACGCGCACCAUCGGCAUCAUCCACCCUCCGCCCGACAUCCGCGUCAUCAUCGAGAAGACGGCUACCUUCGUCGCCAAGAACGGGCCCGAGUUCGAGCGCCGCAUCAUCUCCCACAACCAGGGCAACGCCAAAUUCAACUUCCUCCAGCCCUCGGAUCCCUACCACGCCUACUACCAGCACCGCGUCUCCGAGAUAGGCGCUGCGCCGCCCGGCGCGGACGGCCUCUUGGGCGCCGAGACUGACGGGGAUCCCGCCGAAGCGCCAGCGUCGGCCUCUGCCGACGGCGGCGCCGCCGUCGCACCUGCAGAUGGCGCCGCCGCGGACGCGAAGGCCGACCACUCCGCGCCCUUCCGCGUGGCGCCGCCGCCCAAGGUGCUGGUGCCACCCAAGGCGGAGCUGUACACGGUGCGGCUGCCCGAGGGUAUCACGGGGGAGGAGCUGGACAUCAUCAAGCUGACCGCCCAGUUUGUGGCGCGGAAUGGAAAGAACUUCCUGACGAGCCUGGCGCAGCGCGAGAGCAACAACAUGCAGUUCCACUUCAUCCGGCCCACGCACAGCAUGUUCCCCUUCUUUACGGCCCUCACAGAUGCCUACUCCAGGGUGCUGAGGCCAGCAGAGGGGGUGCCUGCGCUGCUAAAAGAGCUGAGGGAGGGGGCAAAGGACCUGACUACAGUGUUGGAGAGAUGCCUGAACCGGUUGGAGUGGGAUAGGUCGCAGGAGCAGGCAAGGCAGCAGGCAGAGGAUGAGGUUGAGCAGGAACGGAUGCAGAUGUCAAUGAUUGACUGGCAUGAUUUUGUUGUUGUGGAGACCAUUGAAUUUGCGGAUGAUGAGUAUGAGGGGCUUCCCGUGCCACUUACAUUGGAGGAGUUGAAGCGCCAGAAGAGGAUGGAGAACUUGGGAGAGGAGGAAGCGAUGGAUUUGGCUGAACCUGCUAAGGAGGUUGAGAUGGAAAUGGAUGAAGAGGAGAUGCAACUUGUCGAGGAAGGAAUGCGGGCAGCACAGCUUGAGGAGAAUGAUGGAGGAGCGCAAGUUAACGUGGCUGGUGAUGACGACGCGCCUAUGAGGAUUGUCAAGAACUAUAAGAGGCCUGAGGAGAGGAUUCCUGCGGAGAGAGACCCAACCAAAUUUGUUGUCUCGCCGAUAACUGGGGAGCUCAUUCCCAUCAGCGAGAUGGAGGAACACAUGCGCAUCUCACUCAUUGACCCUAAGUACAAGGAACAGAAAGAGAGGAUGUUGGCCAAGAUCAAGGAGACUACACUUGCACCUGAUGAUGAAAUUUCACGGAACAUUGUUGGCCUUGCUCGCACUCGCCCUGAUAUUUUUGGGACCACUGAGGAGGAGGUGUCUAACGCCGUCAAGGCAGAAAUUGAGAAGAAAAAGGAUGAGCAGCCAAAGCAGGUUAUUUGGGAUGGUCAUUCUGGUAGCAUUGGUCGCACUGCUACUCAUGCAUUAUCUCAGCCUCAGGGUGGCGAGGAACAGUUUGAUGCUUCAAAUGUUCCUGGUCCAGCUCCACUUGUCCGACCUGGCAUGCCAUUGCCCCGACCUCCUCAGCCACUUCCUCUUGUUAAUGUUCCUCGUUUUAUCGCUCCACCAGCACCAUACUCUCUUCAACCCCCAGGUCCUCAUAUGCCUGGAGUUCCACAGAUGAUGCCUCACAUGCAUCUGCCUCCACAGCAGAUACCUGGGCAGCCGCCGAUGGUUAGGAUGCCAGGUCAAAUGGUUCAUAUGCCGACCAACAUUCCACCGCCUCCUGGCCAAACUCAGUUUAUGCCUGGUCCACCACGCACGUUUGCUAUGCCCCCAUCAUCGCACAUGCCGCCCAUGGUCAAUCCCAUUGGAAUUCCUCAGCCUCCAGCACCGCCUCUGCCUCCGCAGCCUCCUGCUGAAGAGCAACCGCCUCCACCUGAUGAACCGGAACCUAAGAGGCCGAGAACAGAUGAUGCUUCUCUUAUCCCAGUGGAACAGUUCCUUGCUCAGCAUCCGGGUCCUGCUAGCAUCUCUGUAUCUGUACCCAACCUUGACGAAGGGAACUUGAGAGGCCAAGUUUUGCAGAUCCCUGUUCAAUCACUGUCAGACACAGUUGGUAGUCUGAAGGAGCAGAUAGCUGGAGAGUUGCAGCUCCCUGCUAAUAAGCAGAAGCUGAGUGUGAGGACUAGUUUCCUCAAAGACAACCUUACUCUUGCUUACUACAAUGUGGGUCCUGGAGUGGUGAUCAAUCUAACACUGAGAGAGCGUGGUGGGAGAAAGAAAUGAGUAAAUGAGUCUUUUGGUUCUCAAUGUAGUGUGGCAGGUUAAGCUUACAACUAUACAUCAGCAGCUAUCAUGGAGAACCUUUUUGCUGGAUCUUGCUGCUUUACCUUUCAUUUUAUUUUCUUUUGUAUGCUAAGUGCAAUCAUUUGUGUAAUGUGAACGGCGUACAUUCCUCUAUAUCUUGAUAUAGUUAAAUGCUGUGAGGGGUUCUGCCUAGUAUGUUACUUGAGGUUGCUACUGGAUACCUACAUGGCCACUUAAUGUUAAAUCGUAUGGCUGCUCUAGCUCUAGCUUCU